UGAUGAUGAUGAUAAUAAUAUUCAUCAUAAUAAUUUUUAUUUAAAAAAAAGAAAGUUAAACAAUGGCACAGAGCUGCAAAAGCUGUUUGUAGUUAGCGAAGCUUAAGCCAGUCACGGAAUCUAGCUAGGCAGAAGAGCGGGGGAUUAUGGGACAUGUAGUUUUUUGUUAAGUGCAUACAACCAGCGUGAUGAGAAUACUUUGCGAAAAUAUAUUGUAAGAAAAAUAACCAGACAUCAACACGCAUAAUUAUCCACAGCAUCAUAAUGAUAAGUGGCCAAAAGACAUAUUAAAAGUACGUGUUAAAGUGAUCCAUGAUUUAAAUCAGUGGCCAAAUUCACUUCCGACAUCUUUGUUGCCAUAGUUACCCGGGCACGCGCUGAAACUAUCCUCAGGUCGUACUGUCUUAACAAACCUCAGCUGUGAAAGUUGUCAACAGUUCGAUUGUUUAUUAUUGAUAAAGUGUUGUUUUGAGUUCAUUUUGGAGUCAUUUCGCACAGCUAGCUGACAGCGCGAUGCUAAGCUCCAGCCUGAGCGCGCAAAGAAGAGAGGAAUGUCAAACUCAGAUGCAGACAUCUGUUGGUUUAGCCGGACGGCAGCGCAGGCAGACCGGACACACAAACCGCUGGCAGUUGGCUCCGCCCCUACCCGGUAAUCUGCUGGGUCAGGCCCAGGUGGAGAAAGUGACGAGGUCGGGGAUCUACUUCCAUACACCUCACAGAUCUACAAAGUCAGUGGACACACUCCAGCAGUGGCGUGACGACUCCCAGAGCCAGCAGCCUCCUCCUCCUCACGCCAUCACACCCGGCAGACUCCGUGCAUCACAGAACAUCCAGCUGUUACUCACAUCUGCAAAUCCUGAACACGAGUUCUACGUUGUCUCUCAGCAGGUGGUUGAGAACGCUCAGCCAGAGGCAGUACUGGAGUGUUUCGGGAUCAUCUGGGAGCUGCACUAUCCAUACCUGUGUGAAUCAGAGACCCUCGCAGAACUCUACAGGAACUCCAAGAAGCAAAGACACACACUGCUCCAGGAAAGAGCCGAGAGCAGUUUAAAGGAGGGGUGUGUGUCACGAGGAGGCAGGGAGGUGAGACUGAGACAGGACGGAGGAAUGGGAAUGAGUCGAGGCAGCCUCACACGUCCCGUCCUACUCCCGCUGAACAUAAACGAUCUCUCCAUCACAAAAGAGUCUCUAUCGUUUGCCCUGAGGUCAAUGUACAGGUGUGAUGAGAGUCCUGAUCAGUGGAACGAGGCCGUGCUCUGUACCGCCACCCUGCUGCGUCUGCCACAACUUACACAGAGGUGUUUGAAGGAGAUGAUAUCCAGUGUCAGUUUUUCAACAGUGUGUGACUUUCACAGAGUUUCCUGUAAGUACAAGCAAACGAGUCUUCAGCAGGCGUGCGAGCGAUGGCUGGAGCUGUUUCUCGUGACGGAGCUGUCGCAUCGCAGCCACCUCAGGGACUUGACCUUUGACCUCUUGCUCAAAACCCUGCAGAGCCCCAGACUGUUCACAAGCAACGAAUACGAGCUGCUCAGGACUGUGCUGUACUGGAUCUACCUGCAGUUUAACACCCGAGAACACAAUCUGCCCUCACACACCACCAUCAUCGGCUUCUUCUGCAGGGCUCCUGGGGUUUUUCUGGAGCAGCCUUCAGGCCACAUGUACACUCCUCUCUUCCAGGCUCUUCGUCUGCACGGUAUCACAGAGCAACAGCACAUGGAGGAGAUGCAGAAGAUCCACGUGUUCCCUCACUCCUGGCUCCACUUUACCUUCUCUAACCUUGUCUACUCUAUCCACAGUGGAGGCAACAUGCACAUCACCAACUUUUCCAAGCAGGCUGUCCGCUUUGGAAUGACCGUCACCGAGGAACACUGCACUCACACUGUCGGUCUCUACGGCUUCUACUUCCUGCUCAGAGCUUCUCGAGUUGGAGAAACGGAAGCAUAUGCCUUCUCCAUGGAGAGGCUAAGACAUUGGGACCCUGCACUAGCUGAGAGCUGUAGGACAUCACAGCCAUUUAGCAUGAGAGCAGAGCGCUGUGUGUGCUAUAAGAUCGGUGUGCAAAGCCGUGUGUGUGGAGAAUGGCAGGAAAGGAGCAGCGGAGAACUCAAUCAAGUGUUUGGCUUGAGUAAACGCUGCUGCAGGAGCAAGGUGUUUACAGUCGACGGACUCUGUGUGCCCGCGCUGGUGACGUUUUCCCUCGCCUUCCCAUCCGCAUGAAUUAUUCCAACAAUGAUACAGAUAUGCUUUUCCUCCUCGGCUAAUCAGGAGUCCUAACUUGACUUACCUGUGAUUACAUUGUACACACAGGAAUAAAACAGUCAGUGUCCUGCUGUUACAGGAAAACCCUCAACAAUGUGGUGUGAUGGAGCAGAGUUACUGUUACCCCACUGAAGCUGAUUACUUUCCUAUAACAGCAUGGCUCCGAAUGUUUUACUCCUCUUACGCCUCAGCAAUAUGCCAAUACUUACAGCAUGUAUUUAAUAAAGAAUGACACAUCAUGGGGUUUAUCUAUAGUAUUUAUAGUCAGUGUGAAGCAACUUAGGUCGUUCCCUCAUUAGUGUCUCUUUUUCCUCUCUUGAAUAAAAUACGCCGCUUGUCUUGUUACUGAGAAACCAGAAAGAUGUGUGUCCUGAAGAUGUGGGAAAACUUCCAGCUUUAUUUUUGACUGCUGUUAAGAGAAUUAAUCAACAACUUCUGACCAAUCAGAACGCAGAACUCAGCAGGGCUGUGGUGUAAACAAUUACACACACUGUGGUUAUGAUAAACACAGCAUAAGAACUAUUUUGGGGGGAUUUUAAUGGAAUUUCCAACUAUGUCUGUAUUUGUUUUUUUCUUUAUUUUGCACUAAAAGUCCAUAUUUCAAACAUAUUCACUGAGUCGCUUUGGUGCUGUGAGAACAUUUUCCUCCUUCUCUUUAAGUACGUCAGGUCUCCAUUGUUCUCAGUGCUCCUGUUUGAGAGGAAAGGAAGCGAGCUUUGGACACGACACAGGAAGUACUCCCUGACCCCGUUUGCCUCGAGUCCACCACGUCCCAGUUUCUUUCGUUCCGAGAGCCGUUUCUCACUCCCGAAAACUAUUUUAAGAGAAAGAGCAAAGCCGAUUUCA